CAUUGAGUGGCUUGAUUCUUUGUACAGCAUUUGAAUGGUGAUGGAUUUUAGGAUCAGCUAAAAAUAAACUGAACUUGUGUGCUACAGUGGGUAGUGCCGUAAUUUCAAUCUAUAUCCUCUAGGUGUCAGUCUUUCACAUACUUAACUGGAGUUGAGUGAAAAGGGAGAACAAAUAAGGACCAUGUCCAAAAAAAGCCCCUUCAGUGGACGCAAUUUGGCGAGUCUCCCGAAGCCUCUUGUUGGGCAUGCAAACAAUAGGCAAAUUAAUCAGUAAAAUAGAACCAUGAAUGUAUCUACUAUUUUUAAAUGGCACAAGUUGUGUCACACGGUACUGCCCUGCUAAUUGAUUGUCCCCUAUCAUUAACAAUGACGUGGACAAUCACAAUCAUACACGAAAUAUUAUAUGCUUUGAGAUCAAUUAUGUGUGUACCGUCUACUGCUUUCAAACAUCCCUAUUUAACCAUCCUUGAGGGUUAGGAGGUUUAUGUGCAGUCAGUGCCAUGGUCUCCUGUCUGUGGUUGGUGGGGGUCGGCGAUGUGACCGACAGAGGCGGGAGAGGGGGCUUGAAGGCGGGGCGCAACAAUGUGGCGUUCGGUCAGAAGUUGCUUUAGACGGACGCAUGAGACUUGCGGAUCGCCGGAGCUAAAUUGAAAUAGAGUCUUCUCUUUCCUCAGUGUCAGUCUACCUCCACACAGACAGCGAUCAUGAGAGUCCUCCUACUGCUCUCCAUGCCAGUCCUCCUGCUAGCUCAGCCACCCCUCUACCAAGAACCAUUUCCUUUCCUGGAUGACUAUGACCUUGAUUAUUUCACAGCUUAUCCUGUCACGGAUGUCCAGCAGCAGGUUCCCCAAACGUUACCUGGUCCCGAACGUCCUGGUCCUCACACCUUUCAUUAUUUAUUAUCAACUGAGCAAGAGACAGAGCCCACAGAACCUGGCCCCCUAGAUUGUCGAGAGGAGCAGUACCCCUGCACCAGACUCUACUCUGUUCACAAACCAUGCAAACAGUGUCUGAAUAGCCUCUGCUUCUACAGCUUGCGAAGGGUGUAUGUGAUCAACAAGGAAGUGUGUGUCAGGACCGUGUGUGCGCAUGAAGAGCUGCUAAGAGCUGACAUGUGCCGUGACCAGUUCUCUCGUUGUGGUGUAGCGGCGGUGAGUGGCCAGUGUGGGUCACUGGGGAGCAGCUGUGGGAAGAGCUGUGGAGGGUGUUGAGAACAUGGGAGAGAGAACACCAGCCCAAAUACUGCCACAUCUCUAGGGUCCACAUCCCACCUUUCCAUCCCAUUUUCUGUUUACUCUUUGACUGUAUUCCACAUAUUUUUUGGUACCAAAGAACUCCCAUGUUUGUCUUUUCAUCUCGCCUCUCCUCCCUUUCAGAAUUACAUACAUAAUGAGAAGUGGGAUCAGUAGAACGUGUGUAUGGAUAAAUAUAUAUAUAUUACUUUAUACUCAACAGAACAUUGAUGACUGUAUAAUGUCACUGGUGCUAUAAAAUCACGACCACACUGGUGCUAUAAAAUCACUACCACACUGGUGCUAAGGAAUGGAAAUCAGCAAUCAGAGGCACAUAAAAAAGCAACAUUUUUAUCUUGUUUUUUCUGCCUAAUUUGAUCCUAUAUUCUAAAUCAUUGUGUGAUGUUUGUUGUUGUUUACUAUACCGGUGUUGAAAAGCAGUCAUAGUACUGAGGGGACAGCUCUAUACCUGUGUUGAAAAGCCAGAGUGACAGCUACUGCUUACUGACCUCAACAACAGAGGCAUUAGCAAAACUCAAUCAUCCCACUGCCUUGGCGGCAAGCAGCUACAAUCAGACUUGAAGAGACGGGUGCUGACCCCUGACUUCUCGAGUGUUAUUGUGUAACAUGGUCAACGUGACUAGAGCUACAGUGGCUGGUGACCUUGCAGUGAGUGCAUAGGUUCACAUAUCAGUGGCAAGAAGUGCGGCUCACAAAUUGUUACUGUACUACUGCUUUGUAAAACCCUUUCACUAUACUGGAGAAAAAAAUAAAUGUUUUUUUUACUACAACUUUA